AUGGAAGCAAAGACAUCAAAGUUUAAUGUGUGGUCUUCAAAUCCGUUCCAAACAAAAAAUGACGUGGCUAAAGGUAUGAAUCAAUUAUUUGAACCGAUAGUUACAGCUUUUACUGAUGGUGGUGCAAGGGUAAAAUUGGCCGCAUCUGGCGCAUCAUUUUCUUCCCAUUCUGCAGAAUUGGAAGGCUUUGCUAGACCUUUAUGGGGAGUAGUCCCAUAUGUCUAUGGUGGUGGUGAAUUCAAGCAUUGGGAAUUGUAUCGAAGAGGAUUUACAAAUGGAACGAACUUGCAUCAUUCUGAAUAUUGGGGUGAACCUAAAAAUUGUGAUCAGACCUUAGUAGAUAUUGCAGCAAUUGGAUUCGCUUUAUGUUUUGUACCUGAAUACGCAUGGUACCCUUUGACAAAUGAAGGCAAGAGAAAUUUGUCCAUUUAUUUGAUUAAAGUGAGAGGUAGCGACUUUUGUCAUAAUAAUUGGAAAUUUUUCAGAGUUAUAAUCGAUUUGGGCUUGAAAAAAGUGGGAAUUCAAUAUGAUAAUAAUAUGACAGAAGAGUAUUUACAAGACAUUGAAACCAUGUAUCUAGAAGAUGGCUGGUAUGGCGACGGUAAAUCCUUUAGAAUUGACUAUUACAAUGCGUACGCAUUUCAUUUCUAUGGUAUAAUAUACGCGAUUGUAAUGCGUGAAGAAGAUCCAGUAAGAUCUAUUAGAUAUAUAGAAAGAGCUAAAUCUUUUGCGAAGCAGUUCAUAAAUUGGUUCAGUGAUAACGGUGCGUCACUUCCAUACGGUCGUUCUUUGACAUACAGAUUUGCAGCUGUUGCAUUUUGGGGAAUAUUACCAUGCGUAUUAAAUACCAAAGAAGACCCGUUUAUUUCUUGGGGAACUUUGAAAGGAUUGUAUUUAAGAAAUUUACAAUGGUGGUCAAAGCAGCCAAUAUCUACAUUUGGAAGUGAAAUUUUGUCCGUAGGGUUUUCAUAUCCUAAUAUGUUUAUGUCUGAAAAAUACAAUUCUCCCCAAUCUCCAUAUUGGGCUUUCAAAGCAUUUGCUCCAUUAAUGCUACCUGAAUCACAUCCAUUUUGGUCAGCAGAGAUUGAAACAUUGUCUUUAAAAGAUGCAACUUUAAACGUUGUCGGUAUGCAUAUUUCUCAUAAUAACGAUAACACAAUUGCAUUAGUUAGUGGGCCCUGGAAUGAUGAGUAUCAAUGUGAGAAAUAUAGUAAAUUUGCCUAUAGUACUAGAUAUGGGUUCGGCGUAAGAACCACUUCCGGAGAUUUCACCUCUGCAUGCAUAACAAUAUGA